AAAAUGUUCAAUAAGUUAAUAACUAAAGCUGCUCUAUCACUUGGAUUGGGUGUUCAUACCGCUCAGGCUUCUUCACAAGUGGAAGACCUCUCAGGACCACAUGCAAUUAGUCAAUUAGUAGCUGAUCGUGGAUUUGAUACUCCUUUUUACAUUAAUGAUGAUCAUUCACCUAAAUUCCAAGUAUUUGAUGAGGCAUUCAAGAAUAUAUUAGGUAAUAACCCAUCUAUACAAUCAAUUGCUAAAUCAUAUGAUCCAGAUUUUAACGCAUUUCAUGAGGCACCACUAGUGAGAGGUGAUCGCGUUUAUUUCUCUUCCAAUGCUGGUGAUGGCGGAUCCGGACCAGAUCUUAACAAUAGAUUAUUUUACAUAAAUCUCAAAGACAUAGAGAAUAAUGGCGUUGAUACGAAUAUUACUGUUACUUAUGUCAAUCCUAGCGAUCAAAUACAGAUGAUAAAUGGAAUGCAACCUUAUUUAGACAAUUCAAUCAUUAUUGCUACCGAAGGACGCGAGAAUGCAGGUGUUGCACCAGGUCUUUUCCGUUAUGAACCUGAAACCAACACUACUACACCACUUUUGACGAGUUUCUAUGGAAGGACAUUCAACUCUCUUAAUGAUUUAAAGAUACAUUCAAGCAACCAAAUCAUCUUCGUCGACAGCUUGUACGGAUUUUUGCAAGAUUUCUCCCCAUUCCCUCAACUUCCUGAAAUGGUCUAUACAUUUGAUAUUAACACAGGUAAAGUGAGACCAUUGGCAUCCGACUUUGUUCAUCCAAAUGGAAUUGCCUUGAGUCCUGAUGAAUCAGUCGCUUAUGUCACGGAUACAGGUGCUAUGAAUGGUACAGUAAAUACUCACCUUCCAGCAAGUAUCUAUGCAUAUGAUAUUAUAAACGAUGACGGUUUCCUUACUUUCAGAAAUCGUCGUUUGUUCGCACAUGCUCUCACUGGCGUUCCCGAUGGCAUACACUGCGAUGAUCAAGGUAACGUGUGGUCAGGUGUGGGUGAUGGUGUUUCAGUUUGGGACAAGCGCGGUGAUCUAUUAGGUUUAAUCAAUGUAGGAACUACUUCAGCUAAUUUCGUCAUCGUUGGAGAUGGAUUGGUUAUCGUUUUGGCAGAAACCGAAAUGUUUGCAGUCAGAUUAGACAGUUCUGUUAAUCCGGCAAAACUUCAUUAUUCCGAGUAAAACGCUUUUGUUGUAUGAUUCAGAUCAUCAAUUUAUAGACAUGUUCGGGUUAUAUUUAAAAAUUUUCUAUUGUGAGUUGUGAGAUAUCCGCGCUUGUUGCUUUGCCAUGCAACACUAAUUGAGAAAGAACAAGUCCAGUGCCAGGUGCAAGGGAGAUACCCCAUGGUCCAUGUCCUGACGAAACAAAGACAUUAUCACCAACGACGCUCUUCAACGAAGAGACAAUUGGGCGUUUGCGAUGCGUAAUUGGUCUAUAACAGAGCUGCUUCUUCAACACGUUAGCAUUCGCUAAUGAAGGACCAAGUUCAUGAACAGCUGACAAAAGCAUAUCCCAUCUUUCUUUUUGUGUCAAUGCAACAUCGUUCACAUCACCUGCUGUCGAUGGCAAUUCGGGACCUUCAUUUUCACCUGCAACGUAUACAGACCCAUCUGGUCUACUGAAUAGUUCAGGUGUACCACUCAUACAGAUACUGUCAGAUCCGAGUAUAGUAGUAAAAGCAGCAUGAGGCGCUGGUAAGUUAUUUGGUUGCAAAAUCAAGGAAUAUCCAGGUAAAGCAUCAAUUGGAAGGUCAAAUUCAGAUUGAGGGAAAAGCAUUUUGAAAACGCUUGGAGUCCACGGUCCAGCUGCUAAAACUAACUUAUCAGCAGGUAACUCUUCGCCGCUUUCUAAAGUUAUAACGUUGUUCUUGUAUGUCUUUGCUAUACCUUUGACAAAUUUUGUGCCAUUUUUCGUAGCUUCUUCAAAGAUGCUAGUAGUGAACAAAUAGGGAUCUACUUGUGAUGUAGUAUCCUCAUCUGAAACCAUUUCAUGUGAUAUAAUUCCUCGGGCGUCUUCAAGUGGUUUAGAGAUCCAGUCUAUGUUUGAUUCACUUUUUGCUGGAGGACGCGGUCUAAAUGGCUCAUCAUUAUCAUGUACUACGUUCAGUUUUGGCUUGUUGUCGUUAGUUGAUUUGAUCGCUUUAAGGAGAACAUUCGACGAUUGAAUGUUACGAUAUUGCCAGCGUUGUUCACCAUUGUAUUUAUUGGACAGUUUUUUAUGUAAAUCGUAUGAGAGAUCUCCUAAACUCUCUGUAGCACUUCCAUGCCAAUCUUUUGCUAAAAAUCCACCUGCCUUACCGGAUGCUCCGCAUGCGAUAUCAGUAUUCUCAAUGAUUGUGACAUCAACACCAUCUUCUUUACUUAGAAAGUAUGCAGUACAAACUCCAAUUAUACCACCACCUAUAAUUACUACGCUUGUCAUCGUCGUCGCUUAUCAAAAUCAUUUGACACAAUGAGCCCGCUU